AUGACGGACGCGUUCCGCCAGCCGUCGCUCUUCUACCACCUGGGCGUGCGAGAGAGCUUCAGCAUGGCCAACAACAUCAUCCUCUACUGCGACACCAACGCCGAGUCCCUCCAGGCGCUCCAGGAGAUCAUCUUCCAGAAAAACACAAUGUGUUCGGCCAACUACACGUUCAUCCCGUACAUGGUGACCCCACAUGGUAAAGUGUUCUGCUGUGAGAGCAGCCUGAUGAAGAGCCUGACGGAGCUCAUGCAGCCCAGCUUCGAGAUGCUGCUGGGUCCCAUCUGCAGACCUCUGUUGGACCGGUUCCUGCAGCUGCUCAGGGAGUCCCAGGCCAACUGCUGUCAGUAUUUCAGUGAGACGAUCCUGAGUGACAUCAGAAGAGCGCGGGAGCUGUACUCGGGGGCGGAGCUAACCUCGGAGCUGAGCCGCAUCCAACAGAGACUGGACCAUGUGGAGUGUCUCUCUGACGACAUCGUUAUCAACCUACUGCUCACCUACAGAGACAUACAGGACUAUGAAUCCAUCGUGACGCUGGUGGAGACUCUGGAGAAGCUGCCGACGUUUGACCCCAUGGUCCAUCCACACGUCAAGUUUCACUACGCCUUUGCCCUGAACCGGAGGAACCUUCCUGGAGACCGGCAGAAGGCCCUGGACAUCAUGCUGCCGCUGGUGGAGGGGGAGGAGCAGGUGGCCUCGGACAUUUACUGUCUGGUCGGACGCAUUUACAAGGACAAGUUCCUGGAGUCGCACUUCACCGACACCGAGAGCCGGGACAGCAGCACACUCUGGUUCAAAAAGGGGUUUGAGUCUGAGCCGACGCUUCACUCUGGGAUCAACUACGCCGUUCUGCUGCUGGCGGCCGGACACCAGUUUGACACGUCUUUCGAGCUGCGGAAAGUGGGAGUGAAGCUGAGCAGUCUGCUGGGUAAGAAGGGCAGCCUGGAUAAGCUGCAGAGCUACUGGGACGUGGGCUUCUUCCUGGGGGCCAGUAUUUUGGCCUGUGACAACACUCGGGUCAUUCAGGCAUCGGAGAAACUCUUCAAACUCAAAGCUCCCAUUUGGUAUCUGCGAUCUCUGGUAGAGACCAUCGUGAUCUACCAACAUUUCAAAAAGCCGGGGACGGAGCAGCCGGCCCCAAAACAGGAGCUGGUGGACUUCUGGAUGGACUUCCUGGUGGAGGCCACGAAGAAGGACGUGUCUUCAGUCAGAUUCCCGGUGCUGAUCCUGGAGCCCACUAAAGUCUACCAGCCGUCAUAUUUAUCCAUCAACAAAGACGUAGAGGACAACACUGUGUCCAUCUGGCAUGUGGCUCCUGACGACAAGCACAAAGGGAUCCAUGAGUGGAACUUCAGUGCCACCUCAGUGCGCGGCGUCAGUAUUUCCAAAUUCGAUGAGCGCAGUGCUUUCCUGUACGUCCUCCAUAACGCCGAAGACUUCCAGAUCUACUUCUGCACCGAGAUGCACUGCAAGAGGUUCUGUGACCUGGUUAACAGCAUCACGGAGGAGGCGUGGAGAGGCCCAGAGGAGGGGGACUGCGAUGGGGAGGCGCUGGAGUACGAUUAUGAGUAUGACGAGCUCGGCGAGCGAGUGAUUCUGGGUAAAGGCACAUUCGGAGUGGUCUACGCUGGACGGGACCUGAGUAACCAGGUCCGACUGGCCAUCAAGGAGAUCCCCGAGCGGGACAGCAGGUAUUCGCAGCCGCUGCACGAGGAAAUCGCUCUCCACAAACAUUUGAAGCAUAAGAACAUCGUGCAGUAUCUGGGAUCCAUCAGCGAGAAGGGAUUCAUCAAGAUCUUCAUGGAGCAAGUUCCUGGAGGCAGUCUCUCCGCUCUGCUGCGCUCCAAGUGGGGGCCCCUGAAGAACAACGAACCCACCAUCGGCUUCUACACUCGUCAGAUCCUGGAGGGCCUCAAGUACCUGCACGACAACCAGAUCGCACACCGAGACAUCAAGGGCGACAACGUGCUCAUCAACACCUACAGCGGCGUCCUGAAGAUCUCCGACUUCGGCACGUCCAAAAGACUGGCUGGGAUUAACCCCUGCACGGAGACGUUCACAGGUCGUGGUAUUUUCUCUACCACUGUUUUCAGUCAAGGAGACUUUGUUGUGGAGUAUAGGGGGGUACUUGUUGAUUCAGCUGAACAGAGACGUAAACAGAACCAGAGUGAAUGUUCAGUCUUCAUGUUCGACUUCACAUGGAAGCGGAGGAUUUGGAGUAUUGAUGGCGGAGAGGAAGACGGAUCUUUUGGACGAUUAGUCAAUGACGAGCAUAAGUUGCCCAACUGCCGAAUGAAGUUGAUUGAGUUUGAGGAGACACGGAGGAGACACAGAGGAGACACAGAGGGAGACACAGAGGAGACACAGAGGAGACACAGAAGAGACACGGAGGAGACACGGAGGAGACACGGAGGAGACACGGAGGAGACACGGAGGAGACACGGAGGAGACACAGAAGAGACACGGAGGAGACACGGAGGAGACACAGAGGAGACACAGAGGAGACACGGAGGAGACACGGAGGAGACACGGAGGAGACACGGAGGAGACACAGAGGAGACACAGAGGAGACACCGAGGAGACACAGAAGAGACACGGAGGAGACACAGAGGAGACACAGAGGAGACACGGAAGAGACACGGAAGAGACACAGAGGAGACACGGAGGAGACACGGAGGAGACACAGAGGAGACACAGAGGAGACACGGAGGAGACACAGAAGAGACACGGAGGAGACACGGAGGAGACACAGAGGAGACACGGAGGAGACACGGAGGAGACACAGAGGAGACACGGAGGAGACACAGAAGAGACACGGAGGAGACACGGAGGAGACACGGAGGAGACAUGGAGGAGACACUGAAGAGACACGGAGGAGACACGGAGGAGACACAGAGGAGACACAGAGGAGACACGGAGGAGACACGGAGGAGACACGGAGGAGACACGGAGGAGGCACGGAAGAGACACGGAAGAGACACAGAGGAGACACGGAGGAGACACGGAGGAGACACAGAGGAGACACAGAGGAGACACGGAGGAGACACAGAAGAGACACGGAGGAGACACGGAGGAGACACAGAGGAGACACGGAGGAGACACGGAGGAGACACAGAGGAGACACGGAGGAGACACAGAAGAGACACGGAGGAGACACGGAGGAGACACGGAGGAGACAUGGAGGAGACACAGAAGAGACACGGAGGAGACACGGAGGAGACACGGAGGAGACACAGAGGAGACACGGAGGAGACACGGAGGAGACACGGAGGAGACACGGAGGAGGCACGGAGGAGACACGGAGGAGACACGAGGAGGCACAGGAGACACAGAGGAGACACGGAGGAGACACAGAAGAGACACGGAGGAGACACGGAGGAGACACGGAGGAGACACGGAGGAGACACGGAGGAGACACGGAGGAGACACAGAAGAGACACGGAGGAGACACGGAGGAGACACGGAGGAGACACGGAGGAGGCACAGAGGAGGCACGGAGGAGACACGGAGGAGACACGGAGGAGACACGGAGGAGACACGGAGGAGUUACACAGGAGGCACGGAGGAGACACGGAGAAGACACGGAGGAGACACGGAGGAGACACGGAGGAGACACGGAGGAGACACAGAGGAGACACAGAGGAGACACGGAGGAGACACGGAGGAGACACGGAGGAGACACAGAGGAGACACGGAGGAGACACGGAGGAGACACGGAGGAGACACAGAGGAGACACAGAGGAGACACAGAGGAGACACGGAGGAGACACGGAGGAGACACGGAGGAGACACGGAGGAGACACAGAGGAGACACGGAGGAGACACGGAGGAGACACGGAGGAGACACAGAAGAGACACGGAGGAGACACAGAGGAGACACAGAGGAGACACGGAGGAGACACGGAGGAGACACGGAGGAGACACAGAGGAGACACGGAGGAGACAAAACGACGGCUCCGGGAGUUCUAA